GAGAGAGAGAGAGAGAGAGAGAGAGAGAGAGAGAGGAUCAGAGCGUCUGUACGGCCACAGACAAGCGUCACACCGACACACAUCCGUCGCGCUUUACGGUGAAACGCUGAAUCGCGCGACACAGGCCUGCGUCCGCCACCGUAAACCGACACACAUAGCGGAUUGUUCGCGUCUCAUAUGAGACACACGAGCAGACAAACCCUCCCAUAGGAAACCGACGAGUGCUUAAUGACAGCGACCGAGCGACUGGCCAGCAAGAAAACCGAGGAAAAUCCAGGAAUAACGCCGGACUCCGGGACGACUUUGUGUUCAUUCCCAGCUGUAAUCCCCAUCCACUUCCAAUAUAAGACAGAUGGACUGCAAUGGUUUAAGUUAAAAAUCCUGGUUUGUGUUCUAAUGAAGAAACCAAGUCAUCUACAUCUUGGAUGCCCUGGGGGGUUUGUGCUUGCAUCCAUUCUGAAGAAAAGCAUGAAAUCCUCUACUUACAGCACCUGAAACAGAUGUCAAGACAGUGAUCAACACAUGAUGGAAGAGCCAUACAAAGAUUCUGUAGCCGUAGACAUGGCAAACUCUCAGGAAGAGGCCUGUAAUGGUGGAGCCACUGCCACUGAUGCAGUUGGGAAACUCGAAGGGGACGCCACUUCAAUUAUUCCAACUGAGACGUGGAAUGUCAGCUCCCCAACUAUCACAAAGCGAUCCCUGUCACCCCUGCUAACGAUACAAGCCACCCCGGUGGUGACCCCAGCUGCUGAGUCUCCCAAUGGUGUUGCCCUGAAGGUUGCUACAACUGUACUUCAGCCAAUAUGUUUGGGGGAAAGUCCAGUGGUGUUGCCAAUCCUUGCUGGCCCAGCUGCCCCUCAAGUUGGACAAUCUGGGGCUACUUCAUAUCUGAUGACUAGUCAGGGUCCUGUGUCCCUACCUCUGGUCUUGGAACAACAAGUCCUCCAACACUUGAAUCCUCAGUUGCUUCAACAAUCAGCAACUUGUCCUGCCUUGCCACUACAGAACAGCAUCCAGUGCCAGAACCCUUCUCUUGCUCUCGGAGCACCUCCAAUCCUGGACCAGAAAGGCACAAGUCCAGUGUUUGAUACUAGUCUACUGACUCUUCUUCAGAACCCUAACCUUGCAGCAAUCUUGCAGGACCUCUUCCCUGGCCAAGGAAACUCUUCUCCAACUUGUCACCUAGCAUCUUCUCCGCAGGUCGACCUUGCCUCUGCAUUUCUUCCUCCUCCGCCUCUCUCGCAGCCCUACAGCUCUCCACUAGCCUCUCUUGUGCCACCAGCCACCUUGCUAGUCCCUUACCCUGUUGUAAUCCCACUUCCAAUGCCUCUUCCAAUCCCAGUGCCAAUCCCUGUCCCGGUCUCCAUGUGCAAGAACUCCAAGAUAGAUGUAGACUGUCCUAAACCCACUUGUACUUCUAGCAAAAGCACCCAGACUUCACUUAGUGACGUCUCCCCUCAAUUGACAUUUACCAGCAAGGAAAUGGUAGUAGUCCAACAGUCUCCUCGCUAUUGCUCAUCCCCAGUAGUGACAGACGGAGAAGUGCUGGAUUUAUCCAUAAGGACACCUCAACCUUCAAUGCAUGUUGAUGUGCCACAAGGGAUCCAGCCGUUUCAGCAGGACAGUGUCCUGGAUUUGUCUAUACCUAGUACAAGAAAGAAAUGCAUCAAGACUUGUAGCAUGUAUGGGCCAUUGGCUCCGGAGCGGGAGAGAGUGUGCCACAUGGGGGACAAUGUUAGCAGUGGGCCUUUGGCUCUUGGGGUUCUACGGCCAGUAGACUGCACACCAAAACUAGACACCAAGCUGCUAAGUGGUUUAGCAUCUCUAGAGUUCAGCAGACAGCACAAGUGGGUGGUAGACAGCGGUCAUGGCAGCGUAGUGUCUGGGGCGGUACAUGACUCUGCACUCACCGGAAGCGGCAACAUUGAGAUCGUCAGCACAUCGCAGACAGCCAAAGUCAUUGUGUCGGUCAAAGAUGCCAUGCCUGCCAUUUUCUGCAGCAAGCUAAAAGGAUUGUCAGGCGUUUCUACAAAGAACUUUUCCAUUAAACGUGAUGCCAGUCAGGGGGGCUUCACAACACUACCCAGGGUCCCAGGGGAUCAGCGAGGAGAAUCCAGCGACCCGCUCAAAAAGAUCUCUAAAAACAGAGGCAUCAAACUGAAGAAAGUAAGCUCCCAGGAGAUUCAUAUACUACCAAUAAAGAAGCAGCGACUGACGGCGUUUCUACCCAGAAAAUAACUCAUGCUCUUGCUUUCAGAAGGAGAAGGGAAAGCCAAGGUCUUAAGCAAAGAAACAGCUUCUGAAAUGGUUUGAGAAAUUUAACCAGGGUAUGAUGAUGAAGGGUAUGAUGAUGAUGAUGCUAAAUGCAUAAAAAGCCCUAAAGCUUUUUUUUCCAAGCUGUCCAAAUGAUUUAGCCCGAUGCUGGCUUCCUCUGGUCUGACGGUUGGCAUUUGAUCCAUUCAUUAUAAAGCAAUCAGACGAAGUCAACAAGAAAACGCUCCAAAUAAAAGAACCAAUCUGAACUGGCUCAAAUGCACUACUACUGAUAUUCUUUAGCAUGUUCAGCAUUAAUGCCAGAAUUGGCUCCCUAUGCAUUUUGAUUCUUGGUCACACAUCCUCAUGAAUGAUUCAUCAAGCGUAAUCUGCAUCGUCAUUAAUAUGCAUGAGAUCUGUUUUGAAACCUGGCCAGCUGUCAGUGAGAAACACAACGUGCAGCACUGACAGAUUCUCCUCUCGCUAAUAUGCUUUUGCCAAAUUCUUGUUCUCCUCGCGCUGUUUACACUUGGAGUGCAAGACGUUUCCCAUUCUUGGUCCUAAUGAACUGUAGAAGGGAACAGUGACCUUUUGCUUCCCUAAUCACUGUAUUAAUCAGUGGGGCACUGGAGCGGAGCGUCCUCUUUGAAGAACACGAGGGGUAAGCAGUUAGCAUGGCAGCCUGAUAAUCACUUGGCAAAGCCCAGACCUCGGUUUCAUUAAGUCUGAUGAUUGGAGGAAAUGGUUGUCAGUAGCAACAAAGCAUAUUUUUCAUCAUCCUCCCUUUGGGGGGCAAAAAGCCUCUCUCCACCCACAUACCCCAAACUAAAUUAAAACUAAAUAAUCAUCAGGGGUUUGUCCCUAACGACAAAAAAUCUGAGUGAAAUGGUUUAUUAAUGCUGUUUUUAUGGCCGUGGGUUCAACUCAAGUGUCAUUUCUUAGAUUAUUGCCAUCCAGCUGUGUGAACACACAAGAGAGUUACACUUGCAGCAGUGUACAGAUUUUAUAAUGAUGAUCUUAAUACACCUUCAGUGUUUUAGAUGAGCAAUUGCCAACAAUGGACGUAACCUCUAUCCCUCAGCAAGCAUUAAGAACUUUUUCCCUUCACAGUUGAACCUGGUUUUUAUCUAUACAUGUUACUCGUAUUGUGCGACGUGCGUCAAUGUGUUAUUCCCUGGUUUUUGUAAUCCUUCAUGAAAAUAAAAAGCCUUGUAGGUGAUUUCAGCAAGAUUGCACAAGCAGUUGGCUAAUAUCAAGGCUACUUUUGUGGUUAAUGCACUCUUUCUAAAAUCUUGCAAUAGGUAAUGCAACAAUUUAAUGCUAAGUAACAUUACAGGAAGAGAGGGUACGGCAAUAAUAACAAAUAAUGAUAGGAUUGAAAGUGUUACUAUUUGAAUAUGUAGAGACGCUCUUGAUGGUGUACUUGACCUUUAGUCCCAAUCAAAACGCAUCUUCAUAAGUGUGUGCUGGUGACAUUUACAAUCCACAGCAAACUCCCCUUUAGUUUUGGAUUAAUUCCACCGCUUUUCAUGAUCAAAUACAUUUCUGAUCGAUAAAAUCAAUCCUGUUGCAUUUCAUACUUUAUAUGCAAGUUCAUCCCAAACCUCAAGAUCAUCUCGAGGUCAAACUAGCAGCUUUGAUCGUUUGAGCUUGAGGCAAGGCCAAACUGAAAUCAGUCUCAUUUGCUUUUGUGUAACAUUUAAUAUUUUGUUUUUAUGAAGAUGGAUCGGCUGAGAUGAGAAUAUAAUCGAAAUGAGAUUCUAGACACACCAUCAGAAGUGUGAAAGUCAAGAAAAAAUGAAAGUCAGGCAGGAUUAAUUUGACAUGUCCGUUGAAGAAACGUGCCGUCUCGUGUUUGCGUGUGUGUUUAUUGGAAGUCCUGCAGAAGGAAUCUCCUACAGUUCACAUCCAGAAAAGGUUUUCAUGUAGAACUCUUUCUUCAAAUAUUAUCUUGACGGUUUCCUGUUUCCACAGGACGCUCAAGUAUCAGAUUUGAUGAACUGCUGUGCAACUCGACUUGUUUUUUCAUGUCAGAACUGAAGUGUUUUUAACUUAAAAAAUCUUUCCUCUGUUUUUUUUUCUUGUUUACCUCCGAUCUACACAAAAAAA